CGGACAAAAAACGGGCAAAAAAGGGGUUAAAGGAUGGCUAGGAAAGGGUUAAAGGCGGCCAUGAUCCACCUGCGGCGGCACACGCCCGUGCCCGCCCUGCUCGUCACCUGCGUCUCCACGCUGCUGAUGCUGGUGACGGGCGACAUCUACACGCUGAUUAAUUACGUGGGCUUCGUUAAUUACCUGUGGUACGGCGUCACCGUGGCCGGGCUGCUGCUGCUGCGCUGGCGGGAGCCGCGCCUGCCCCGCCCCAUCAAGGUCAGGCCACGCCCCCUCGGCCGCUCGGCCACGCCCCUUCCUCCCCGAGCCACGCCCGCUUUGGGG